UACCCUUCAAGUGAAGAAAGCAUCAGCUGUGUUAGUUGCAUUUAACAUGCCCCACACUCAUGACUUCCCCUCUCAAUUAUUUUAUUAUUCCCUUUUUAUCCCUCAUUCUUCCCCUAAAUAACAUUCCUUGCCACUCAAAUUUCCUCUCUUCGAUCAUCUUCAGUUCAUCCCCUUAGAUUUUCUCUCUCCAAUUUUUAAGCUGUCUGUACAAAAUAGAGCAGAUUUUGUUUUGUAUUUUUUUUUUGUAAUUUAUUUUGGCAAUGAAUGGAAGUUUUAGGGCAGAGGAAACGGCAAUGAGGCAGUUACAACAGCAAAUGGGGAGUUUUAGGAAUUCAGUAAUGAAGGAGAAGGAAGAGGAAUUAGCUUUGUUUCUCGAAAUGCGAAGAAGGGAAAAUGAUAGAAACGAUCUUCUUCUUUUUCAAAACGGCGACGAAUUUGAUGCUCAGCUUGGAUCAAAUGGAGGCGGUUCACCUUUAUUUAAUAUUGGAUCAGCCACAACUGUUAGGAAGAAUGGUGCUGAUGAUUUCCUCAAUGCUGAGAAUGAUAAAAAUGACUAUGAAUGGCUUCUAACACCUCCCAGUACUCCUCUUUUUCCUUCACUUGAGAUGGAGUCGGAAAAAUCAAUGAUGAGUCAGUUGGGAACAGCUAAAGCUCGUCCAACUGCAAUUAAAUCUAGAUUAGCAAAUCCCCAGCCUGAGCCCUCUGGUAGAAGCAUUUUAGCAUCUAGACAGCCUGCUUCCACUCAUGGAUUAAAUACUUCAAGUUCAGGUCUUCGAAGACCAUCUUCGUCAGGUGGAUCAAGACCUUCAACUCCAACUGGACGACCCACAUUAAGCACGAUAGCUGCUUUGACAUCAGCAUCUAGACGCACAUCUACUGCAGCAGCAUCAAAAGCAAUGACAUCCACUGCAACCUCUAGAAUAAUGUCUACCACAACCGCGUCUCGGCCAUCAAGGUCUUCAACCCCAACUUCUCGUGCCACCUUGCCUUCUGCUAAAUCCACGGUUCCUCCACGAUCUUCAACACCUACAGCCAGGUCUAGUGCAAGGUCCUCAGCGCCAACAACCAGAGCCUCCUCAACGCCCACGGCCAGGGCCUCUGUUCCUGGAUCAAAGUCCACAUCGAGGGCGGCAACUCCAACUCGGCGACCUACUUCAGUGUUAAGUACAGCUAAUGCUACUGCUCCUCCUGUUAAAUCUCCGUCUUCAGUUUCCACAGCUACCACUACGGCAAGAAAUCCUGGAGUUGCACGUGCUAGUUCUCCAACUGUAAAACCCAGACCAUGGAAGCCUUCAGAUAUUCCAGGGUUCUCCCUUGAUGCUCCACCCAAUUUACGGACAUCACUAUCUGACAGGCCAAUUUCAGCUACAAGGGGUAGACCCGGAGCACCAAAUGUUAGAUCUUCAUCCAUUGAUCCAGUUACAAAUGGAAGGAUUAGACGACAAUCUUGCUCUCCAGCGAGAGGACGUCCUCCUAAUGGUGUUGUGCGUAGCAGUGGAAGCUCUGUUCCAAUCCCAGCUAUGAGUCGAUUACAUGCUAAAGCUAAUGAUAAUGUAAGCCCUGGUAUGAUUGGAACUAAGAUGGUUGAAAGGGUAGUAAAUAUGCGGAAGCUGGCUCCUCCUGCAAAGCAGGAUAACAAAUAUUCUCCCCGUAGUAACUUAUCUGCAAACUCUUCAUCACCUGACAGCUCAGGUUUUGGAAGGACAUUGUCAAAGAAAUCCUUGGAUAUGGCUAUGAGGCAUAUGGAUAUAAGGCGAAGCAUCCCAGGUAAUCUGCGUCCAUCAAUGACUAAUAUUCCAGCAUCCUCUAUGUACAGUGUGAGAUCAGGACCUAACAGAAGCAGGACAGUGAGUGUAUCCGACUCCCCACUUCAUACGAGCAGUAAUGCUAGUUCUGAAGUGAGUCUCAAUAACAAUGCGGUGUGUGUUGAUGGGAGUGAAGUUGAUGACGCUAUUAGCAGCGAUAAAGGUGUUCGGUCUCCUGCCAGUAUGCAUGGAAGGUGAUGAUUGCCCUUCCCUGAUGUGGGAUAAAAGAAAUUAUAGUUUCGAUUGAGUGCCAGAUUGAGGGUUUUGGUACCUGAAUUAUGAUUGUUUCCUGGGAAGGACUGAGGCAUAUGGUUCACUCAUUAUGUAAAGAUUGAUGCACGGUUAGUUAGCUUAUAUUAUUUGAAGCCAGCCUUUAUCUCAUUA